UCUAUCUAGCUAUUUCUCUUUCAUCGUUGCUCACGUAUAACGGCGCUUUCAGCGCAGCACCGAGCCGUCAUCAGUGGAUCGAAAGCUCGCAGCAGACGCACAGUGGUUGGAAAAGAUAACACACAUGGCGGUUGCAUGUGGACUAAAAAUCGAAACGAAUUCUGUAAUGGCAGCGGCUGGUGUAGUUACAAACUGACGUGCUAUGCAUUGUGUUGGAUGUAGCGUGGACUGAUAGCAGCGGAGAGCAGGAAUUGUGACCAUGGAUCCGGCGGGAAUGGACGGGGAAGUCGCGGUUACUGUCUCGGGCGUCGCCCCGGUAACUCUCAUCGCGCAGAUCUCCGUAGCUCUGAUCGCCGUGGCUGUGACUGCUGUCUACAUACUGAAGAACCUACCGGACUCGGGGGAGAGCUCCAGGCCGGGAGGCACCGGCACAGGACCCGCGGGUAGGGAGUCACCGGGCGGGAAUGAGCGGCAAUGCAGGGUAACAUCAGAUGGGCACACGCUGGGGAGGAACAAUGGUGAUGAUGUUGACGGGGGAGCAAGUACGAGCAAACGGGAGCCGGAGGGUAAGGACAUGCCAGGAUCACGAGGAGAAUACCGUGAUAUCAUCUCCUGCGAUGAGUACAAGGAUCUGUGUGGCAGUCCACCGUCAGGAGAGAAACCAAGACCUGCAAGGAAAAAGGGGUCACUGUCGGGUCAGUCUAAAGAGUGGCCGACAUCACUCGAGAGUAUAGACGAGGAAGACGAAGAAGAGGAAGAAGGGAAUACAGAAGGAGGUAAAGAGAAGGAAGAUGAACCAAAAACACCCAAGCAGAGCCCUAAAAGAGGAUCUCGUGUCCCCAACUGGUAUUUCUCGAAAUCGUCAAGUGGUAUACCGUCCCUGCCACGGGAUAGGGACUUAGAUUCUCAGUUCAGUGAGCUGGCAACCCAGACACCUGAAAAGAGUCAGUGUGCAUCUGAAAGUGCCGUUUACACAUAUGAAGAUGUUAGCCAUGUGGAUGAGGCAAGAAAGAGAGCAAUCACUGGAUUUUCUGGUACGCCGAUUGGUGUGUUGCAGCGCAAACCGUGGCCAGCGUACCAAUCAGCGCGAGAACUGAACGAUGAAUAUUUAUACGAUGGGCAAACUUCCAGCCAAUCACUGGCUGCGGAAUUGGAUCACCCACAGGCUGCGCUUCUAAAUCUCUCGCUCGAAAACCACGAAAAGAGAAUGAGUGUUCCUGAUAUCCAGAUACACGAAUACGAUACAACUUGUGAAUAUUCAAAACAUGGGUGUGGCAGUGAUGAAAAUGAUUCUGCGCAGUGGGUUCAAACGCUCGCCUCCACGGUCCUCCUACCGGAGAAAUGCCAGGAAGAACUGAAGGCUGAAAUCGUACGAGUUGAUAUAGAUAAAGAUGACGGAGGUGAAAAUGGAGAAAUCCAUAUGGAGAAAUCACAAAUCACCGUCAGGGAAAGACCAAUACCCCGUCCACGCACAAACCUCACUGGUGUAAGUAAAAACAACCAGGAUGCCAUUUCUUCCCCUUCAACACCAGAAAGUGUGCCACCAUUUACAAGCACGCCACCACGUGACGAGGUUAUAAAAGCAAGACCGGACAUUGACCAGCCACCAGCGAAGGAGCGUGCCCCGCGCACAGGCGCCAAGCAACCCACGACAAAUGCCAACGAGGGAUUACAUCAACAAACCAAACACGUCGAGUUAGGGUACACAAAGACCGACGCGGCUCUUGAGCCUGACUUGCAAACAAGAACAGGGUUUAUAAAGAAAGAAAAUAUUGACUCAGUAGAUAAGAGCCACAAUAGGCUGCCGUCACUCGCUAGUCAUUACGACAGUGCUCGAGUUACAACCAAACCCAACUCUCGUGUCUUUACAGUCGUGGGGAGCACACCGGGUCCGAUUAGUACCUUUCAAGCAAAAGCUGGCAAUUCAAAUGGGGAAGUUGUAGGAGAGGUUGAAAUUCAUCCGACACCUGCUAGUGAGUUCGUCGUUACUCCUCCAGACACCCGAGUCACCUUGGGUGCAAACCCUCCCAGCGCAGAUCAAACAGUAACAACUGGAUCAGCUUACGAAAACGGAACACCAACUUUAUCAACAGAACUAUCGUCUGAUGAAAGCGGCUUACAACACAUUAACACUGCACGAAAUGCAACACCACUGGAUGAAAUCGCGAAGAUUGAUUAUGCACGCGUACGCGAGGAACCCGAUACGUCACAUGCAACAAAUGAAACUCUGAAUACAGGCCAUGAAUUCAAAGAUGCAGAUUCAAUUACACUGAACAGUUUGGAACACAAUUCUUUCGAUGCGGUGAAUUCGGGAAACAACGCAACAGAUGUUCAUCGGAUUGACGAGCAAGUAGACCAAAGUGGGUCUACUGAACUCGAUGAGAUACGAGCUAAUUUGACCGAGAGACUUCCCCUAAAAAGACCCAAGGAAUUGUUUCUAAACAAGUCAUCAAAGAGCCCAGAUUCCAAGCCAUGGAACCAGUUGAAAGAUUCAAGCAAUGGAAUUGUUUCAGACCCAUCUGAUUCAGAGCUUUCAUCAGCUACAAGUCCGAGCGAUGUGGUUGCCCAGCAACGGGCUCGCAUCCGAAAAAGCCUUGAGAAACUGAACGUGCCUGAUUGGUACAAGAAGUCCAAUCACUACAAGCGAGUCUUGAGCAGUGAUCAGACCCGGGAUCUCCUUGACAACCAGUCUGAUUCAGAACCUCGCAUGACAAGGAGUCCCUCAUCUUGUCUGAGCGAUUGUUGGAGCGCGACCUCAUCCGAGGAAACAACGCAUCACCGACCAGCCGUCUCGACUAAACUCGCCUUCCAAUCAGAGGCAAGAUAUCGUAGAGAUUUCCCGAAGCGAUUGUUGUACGAGCCGAUCCGUAACGCCUUCUCGUGCGCCGAACUACCGACUCAAAGUUCGAUAGGGUCGACUCAAGUUGACGCUCAGUACCCCACGAGUGUGAUUGAUGACAUUGAAAUAGACCACAGUGCACAUGACACCCUAUCGGGUCAAUCACUUAAUCAAACAUCAACAUCACUAAAUGAUGUCAACUCUGGUUCCCCUCCCAGCCAAUCAUCGCCCUCGCAUGGUCUACGCACGCGCAGUAAGUCUGAGGGGGACCAUCUCGAUCAGAUCACGUAUUUUGAUUCACUGGCUGUGAAGCGACUUGAGCGUCAUAUGUACGAUUCGAUCUUCUUCGUUACUGGUUAUAUCAACGACUCACAGGACAACUUGGACGAGAUCCAAUCGGACGGAAAUAGUCUCUUUGCCAGUGGAAGCCUUCCCGAUGAAUCCUUAGACGACAUGGAGUAUCGGAGACAAAUGUAUGAACUGAGAGAAUCCGUUCCCCUGCACUCAGUUUCCCCUGAAGUACAGCACAGACCAACAGCAACAGACAACUACAAUUUUGCGAAUGAAAAUGGUUAUAUGAACAGAGGAAUGGACACUUAUCGCGUGCCUUUCGACAGAGAUGACAAAAACAGUCAAACAGAAAGGGGAAGCAUAGAUACAUUAUCAACUUCACAACGUGGUAUGUAUGGUGAUAAUGAAGACUACAGGUCCAUAGAGGAGAAUCAGAACCAGUGGACACCAACGCCAGCGCCUCGUAGAAACAUCAUGGAGAGUCCACACGCGCAAAGUUAUUCGCUCCUCACCGAGGCACAGCAAAGCCAGGAGCUGAAACCAGACCCUCGGUACAAUCCAGACGGUAGCAGAAACGUCAAACUCUCUCCGAGGUUCGCCAUGGUUACACCGCAGAUCAAUCGCGAGGGAGAGUCACCCAGGAGCUCGCCGAGAAAUACAAGUCCUCGGAGAACGACUGUCAAGAUUAUGGUCACCGACACGUCGCUGGAGGACGAUGACAGUGGCCCGUCGACCGGACACCGCAGCGACAAUGACCUGGUCUCAGCCUCUUCCUCGGACCAGGAGACCGUAGUAGACGGCACGACGAAUUCAUGGACUCCACUAGAUCUGGAGAGAUUGAAAGAUUCCGAGUUUGCUGCCGUGUUGUCUGUAAUCACAUCGAGACACAUGAAGCCAGGAAACAGGUCCGGGCUUUAUCUUCCUGGAAGUGGUUUCAUCCCUCCUAAAGAAGUCACAAUGGAGGAGAUUGUAGAUAGUUUGUUAGGUCUGCCUUACCAGCGAGCAGCCAGCGCCGUGGAUCUCAACAGUAGUGGGUAUCGCGGGAGCAGCUCCACGUCCACACCUCUGACUUGCUCUACUCCCGAUCUUAGUUCCUCCUGGAGCCCCAGUCGAGGUAGCACUCCGGUGUCUACAUCAGACAAGAGCCACAGUGCCGACAGCCUAUACAGCGAAGAUGGUAACGUCUUGAACUCAAUCGUCAUCGGUCGGAGAAAUUAUGAGGACAGUUACCAUGACAACAGUUACGAGGAGGGAGGCAGUGACGCGAUCGGUGAGGAGAUCAUAAUGGUGAAAUGUAACUACAAGAAAUGCGCCAAAACGAAAGAACUCGCCGAAGCUCGUAAGUCGUUCAAGACUUGUCACAACUGUUACACCUACUACUGCUCCAGGCAGUGCAGAAAAAUGCACUGGCCCCGCCAUAAGAAGCGAUGUCUCUUCAGUCGAGUCAACAGUGCCUGCAAGCAUGUCAUCUACCACAGUCGAUACAAUGCGCAGCUGCAGUCGGAUCUGACGCGCGUUGCGCGUACGGGUUACCUAUCACGCGGACGCGGCUCCAUUCUGCUCAUCUUUCCGGACACGGAGUCCGCGGAGAACUACACGGAGAGAGGUUUUGACGCUCUGCCAAGCGCACCGACGUACUCGACCGUACGUGAGCUGGAAACUUCGGAUCUCUUCGGAGAUCACAUGAAGUUUCUACUUGAGAUGUGUCGCACGUACGACCCGGAGAGAAAGUUUGUGUUGAACGUUGCUAUUAUGGCAAACCCCGAACAGCAUCGCGGAAACAGGCCCAGACAAACAGAUACGGCUGUCAAAAAAUGUGCCAAGCUCAGUCUGAUACCCCCUCAUUCAGAUCCGACCUCGACAACUCUGGAUCCAGUUCCCGAUACUCUCAUCAUUACAUCUCCGUCUGGAUCGCAGGGAGACGGGGAACUCGACCGGAAAUCCAGACAGGUGUGUUUUGUGCAUAUUCAGCGUCAGCUGCGUCAGCGGGGUGUGAACCUGAGACACCAACAUGCCGAGAUUUACGACAAACUCUGCCGCUGGGUGGAAGACCAUGAGCAUUUCACACCCACCACCAUUUAUCCUCUUGAUGAGCGGACUGGCAAACGGUUUAUGUGUGUGCUGAUGCCCGAGGCGGAACCAGACGAUUUAGGGUGGAUCAACAACCCAGAACUCCUUGAAGACAUCGACCUGGAUGCAGAGCUUGAGAAACUUGAGAAUGUGGCUGGGAUGGUGGUCACUGACCUCUGAUAAUGACCUUUGACACUAGAGGUCAAAUUAUCUGUACUACAGACUUCAUCAUUAUAAUUCACAAAACUCGCUUAGAUACAGUGCACAUUAUUCAAUGACAUCGAAGCUUUUUAUACACAAUCCUAAUUCACUUUGUCUAGCAUGUUCAAUUAUUGGAUGCAGAAUUAACUGUUCAAAACAUUCCUUCUUGCCGAAUCUAGACUGAGAUGCCCCUAACAAAUACAGUUUUGAUGUGCGGCAUUUGCCGGUUGCUUAGUUCCAAAAAAAUAAAACUCACGUAGUAAUCAACUUGUCACCUCGUAUCAAGAUUGGUGAAUGGGAGAAUGAUUAUAAGCCCGGCGGCGGGGCAUUUCUUCACCAGAGGCAGUUGCACUUUGUGACGACAAAACACUUGGAUUACUGGGAUGAAUCAUAAGACUUUGAUCACCAUGGCAACAGCGGAGGAAAUUUGCCCAGUGCGUCUCAGAGGAAGCGAUCGUUCAUCAUCAAGGGACACUUCAGCCACGGACUUUUCUUGAGGGGUUGCGUUGGAUGCAGCAAAAGGAACGAGACAAGGAGACGUUGAUGACGUGCGGGAAUGCGGAUAACAAACUAUGGCAGACCAGCCUGAGGAGCAACUUUUAUCAUCAUCAUUAUCAAGACUCUUCAAAUUUGCCUGCAGGGACGAUCUUGAAGAACGCAUCACCCGAUGAAAUCCCAAGUAAGUGAGGCCUCAGUGAGCAGAUUUCUCGCCUUAACGAACCAAAAGUCUUCCUGCCAAGUACCCAAGAGAGGAUUUCGCGUCAAAGACAGUGUGAGUAACACCCAACCAUCCAAUGUCGCCCUAUCGCUACCGGACUGAAACAACUAAAUACAGUAA